UCUCUCUCUUAUUUUCAUUCUCAUAACUCAUAAAUCUCUCUCUCUAAACAAUGGAAGGAGGGGAAAGUUGUAGAAGCAAGAAAGCUAAUGCCAAGGAUUGCAAUGGUCUCAUUGAUAUUUUGUUUUCUUGGGAGCUCAGGCAUGUGUUCAACCAAAAUUUCUACAAGCUCAAGGUGGGAAAGAUUCCAAAAUCAUUUGAAUCAGAGCAUCACUACAGAAGCUCAUACAUAUACCCUUUGUUAGAAGAAACAAGAGCAGAUUUGUGUUCAAGUUUGAAGACAAUUCACAAAGCCCCUUCUGCACAACUGCUUUCCAUUGAAAAAGAGCCAAAGCCAAAAGGACCCAAAAUCUUGUUCAAUGUGAAUCUUAGCUCUUGGAGAAUCAAUAAUGGGAAGGGGCAACAACAGUCAUAUAGGCCACUUCCUGGGGAUAUUUUUGUCAUUUUGGACAUUGAUCCACAAACUACCACUGAUUUGGAAUGCUCAAACACUUGGGCUUUUGCUUGGUUGGGGCACAUCAUUGACAAUAAUGCCCCUACUACUCAUCUCAAGCUUUAUGUUUCAAAAGACAUCUCAGCUGAAGGUGACAUCCACCAAACAACCACACUUUUCAUUGUUUUUCUAAUGAAUGUGACAACCAAUUUGAGAAUUUGGAAGGCCUUACAGUCUUCUGCUGAUGUCGGCAUCGUUAAGCGUGUUCUGGGUUCAACGGGUAAUCAAACAUGUAAAGAAUGCAGUGAAGAAAAUUCCAUAGAAAAUCCAACAACUCUGAGCUCAUCUUCUUCACUGAAUGAAUCCCAAAAACUUGCAAUAGAAAGUUGUGUCCACAAUGUUCUUUGCCAACACAAGCCCUCCAUAGACCUCAUAUGGGGCCCACCAGGGACAGGAAAAACCAAGACCACAAGUAUGUUACUUUUGAAAAUUUUAAGAAUGACUCACCAGAUUAGGACUCUUGCCUGUGCCCCCACAAAUAUUGCCAUCACAAAUUUGGCCUCUAGAGUGGUGAAGUUGCUCAAAGAAGAGGCCUUUAGUAAAGAGUACAAACUCUAUUCCCCCUUGGGAGAAUUGCUCUUAUUUGGAAACAAAGAUCGACUCAAAAUCGACUCCGAAUUGGAAGAGGUCUAUUUAGAGAAUCGUGUUGAAAGUCUCGUAAAAUGUCUCGGAAAAAACGGUUGGAAGUUUCAAAUAACGUCAAUGAUAGAGUUUUUGGAGGAAGGCAAGAGGAGAAUACAUCACUUCAAAUCUAUUGCCCCAGCACUCCAUGAAUGUCUCUAUUCAUUGGCCACUCAUGUUCCUCCACAAGUUAUUUUGGAGCAUAAUUUGAAGAAAAUGGAGAUUCUUGUCAAGCUGGUUGAUGAUUUUGGUACCCUUUUGCCUCAAAAUGACAGCAAAGUUUCUGUGAGGGAAAAUUUGGCUGAUUUGAAGAGGAAAUGUUUGUUGGGUUUGAAGAAUCUUUUGGUUUCUCUUGAGCAGAUUGAGGUUCCAAGUAAAGUUAGUAGAAAUUCAAUUGAGAAGUUUUGUUUUCAGAAGGCUUCUUUGAUUUUCAGCACUGCUUCAAACUCCUUCAAACUAAACUCAGUGAAGAAGAAUUCAGUGGAUUUGUUGGUUAUUGAUGAAGCUGCACAGUUGAAGGAAUGUGAAUCACUUAUACCUUUGCAAGUUCCAAACAUAAGACAUGCCAUUCUCAUUGGUGAUGAGUUCCAAUUACCAGCAAUAGUGAGCAGUAAGGUUUGUGAUGCAGCUGGAUAUGGUAGAAGUCUCUUUGAAAGGCUGAGUUUAUUAGGAUACUCCACGCACCUAUUGGAUACACAAUAUAGGAUGCAUCCAUGUGUGAGCUUCUUCCCAAAUUCCAAAUUCUAUGGCAAUCAAAUUUUGGAUGCUUCCAUUGUAAUGGAUAAGCAAUAUGAAAGAAGUUAUCUUGCUGGCCCCAUGUUUGGUCCAUAUUCUUUCAUACAUGUUUGUGGUGGACAAGAGGAAAGCAAUAGAGAUGGACAAAGCAAGAAGAAUAUGGUUGAGGUAGUUGUUGUGACCCAAAUAAUCCAAAUGCUUUACAAAGCAUGGUGCAAGAGCAAGAGGGAUGUGAGCAUUGGGGUAAUAUCUCCUUAUGCAGCACAAGUUUCAGCAAUCCAAAACAAAGUUGGAGGAAAAUAUGAGAAGAAUAUAAUUAAUGAAGGUUUUACGGUAAAAGUGAAGUCUGUGGAUGGUUUCCAAGGUGGUGAAGAGGAUGUGAUCAUAAUUUCUACCGUCAGAUCCAACGAUCGAAACGAUAUUGGAUUCCUCUCUAGUUCUCAAAGAACCAAUGUUGCCCUAACGAGAGCUAGGUAUUGCCUUUGGAUUGUGGGAGAUGCAGAAACCUUAGAAAAGAGUAAUUCAGAAUGGAAAGAUGUUAUUGAUGAUGCCAAGUCUCGCCACUGUUUCUUCAAUGUUGACGAAGACAAGGAGUUGGCAGAUGCAAUGAGAAUGACAAAGACUUGGCAAAUGUCUAAUAUUAAGGAAGAGCUCCUCAAACUAGACAAUAUUUACAACAAGGAUUACAAAUGAAAGCAAAAUAAAUCGGUGAUGAGCGUGUUUGAUAUGAUGCUAUAUAGAUUAUAUUAUUAGAUUAUGUUAUUUGAUUAGGAUGUAUAUCUUCCCUGAUGUAUAAUUUCACAAGUUAGGUAUGCAAAUAGUUUAUUAUAUUUUAUUAAUAUAGAUAUAUUAUUGGAGUUUGUACAAGGGGCAAAUGCACAUUGGUGGGCCCAGAGGAGGUUCGAGCCCCCUCAACUUUAGAAAGUACUGUUUUAAUAUAUAUAUAUGUUGUAUCAAUUUUUUUUGGAAAAA